CACGCCAUGAUGUGUGUUGUUUAGAGAAGAGAUGCUGACCUAACUUUUAUUUUUGACGUCAACUCAUUUACCUCUCUAAAGUACCUACCUGAACUGCCGAUAUGUCUGCAACUGGAAGCAUGCCCGUUGACAAGACCAAACGAGUAGGGCGUUUUUACUUCGGCGGUGUAGCGAGUGCUAUGGCUGCCUGCUGCACACAUCCUUUGGACCUCAUCAAGGUCCAGCUACAGACACAACAGUCAAAAGUGAAGGUCACAACACUGGUUGGUCGAAUCCUGAAGAAUGAUGGCAUUAUGGGAAUGUACAAUGGUUUGUCAGCUUCAGUCUGUAGACAGCUGACCUACUCUAUGACCCGGUUUGCUAUGUAUGAAACCAUAAAGAAACAGUUGACAAGUGACGGUAGUGUGAUGCCACUUUACCAGAAAAUAGCCACAGCUGCUGUAUCAGGAGCUACAGGGGGAUUUGUGGGCACACCUGCAGAUCUCAUCAAUGUUAGAAUGCAGAAUGAUGUAAAGCUUCCUAAAGACCAGAGAAGAAACUACAAGCAUGCAUUUGAUGGACUGUAUCGGGUGUUCCGGGAAGAGGGUGUCAAGAGGAUGUUUUCUGGUGCUACUAUGGCCAGCUCCCGAGCUGUGAUGGUGACUGUGGGUCAGCUUGCUGGCUAUGAUCAAAUAAAACAAGUAUUGAUGGGCUCAGGCUACUUCAAGGACAACCUGGUCACACAUUUUACCUGCAGCACAAUGGCGGGGACACUAGCAACCUUCCUUACCAUGCCGUUGGAUGUGAUGAAGACACGUAUGAUGAAUGCACCUCCUGGGACCUACUCUGGUUUAGCAGCUUGUGCUUUAGACAUUGGUAAAAAUGGACCUCUAGGUUUCUUUAAGGGAUUUAUUCCAGCCUUUGUACGACUAGGACCACACACUGUAUGUACCUUCAUGUUCCUGGAGCAGAUCCGUAUGAAUUUUGGGGAUGAUCCAAAAUAGUUACAAAAUUGCUCACAUUGAAUCAACAUUUCCUCACUGAAAUUCUUCAGAUGCAUUCACAUGAGAUGUGCCAAAGAGGUCUAUUUGCAAUUUCCAGUGAAGAUGCAUUAGAAUGUGAAGAUUUUGUGAGAAUUGGAGUCCGCUGUCAGGUCGAGCACAGAAAGACUAGUCAGUGUAAUUCAGUCCCUAACAUUCACAGUACACAGAAGCGGUACUUUCUACUAUUAUACACAAGUUAUAUGACUGCUGUUAUUGUUGAGUGAUAAUUUUAUAACGUUAUUCUAUACUUUAACUACAACUGUUGAUUUAUAUUUACAUAGCUUUUAAUAUCUUUAAUGUGAGAUGACAAUAGAUUGAAAGGGAGACUUGUUUUGAAAAUUUGUUUUUUCAAGGUCUUUAAAUUAAGUAAUUUCUCUCUUGUAUAAUUGGUUAUUUACAAAUGAUUGCAAUAUUUUGUUAAAUGUAAUUAUCACCAAAGUUGACUUUGAUAGCUUUUAACUUUUAUUUCAUACAGAAUGGAGGUGGGGGAAGUUGCGGGAAUAUUAAUCUUAUUGUAUGAAACUGUAUUGUUCAUAGAAAAUGUUAGUCUGUCCAGACAUGUAACAGAAUUAAUUGAUAGGAGACAAGUAAUUAUAAUCAUAGUAGUGUUGGUCACAGAGGGUUUUGUCCUUGUUGCUCUCUGUUCCUUUCCAUUUUGUAGGUCUUCAUUCCUGAUAUGACCUAGUGAACAAGUUACUUGUUGCACCUCAAUGAUGUUGAUCUAAAUUUGCCUCCCUUGCAUGACCUUAGCCAUUGUGUGUGGUCUUAUGCUCAGGACAGUUUUGAAAUCAUAUCACCUACUCUAAUAUUAACUGUUGUUUGGUCCAUGUUUUGUAGACAUACAUUCUUUGACCUCUGCUGUUACAUGACCUUAGCUAUUGUCAUACUUUAACUGUUGUCAUGUAACUUUAGCUGUUAUCACAUCUUCAGAUGCUGUUAUGAGAUGUAUCGAAUAUAUAACAGCUUCAGACUAAUCAUUUUGGAAUUGUUAGUGUCACUGUCAGAGAGCAUGUCGCUGUCAAAGAUUGUGUCACUGUCAGAUAGUGUGUCACUGUCAGAUAGUGUCACUGUCAGAUAGUGUGUCACUGUCACAUAGUGUCACUGUCAGAGAGCGUGUCACUGUCAGAGAGUGUCACUGUCAGAUAGUGUGUCACUGUCAGAUAGUGUCACGGUCAGAUAGUGUGUCACUGUCAGACAGUGUGUCACUGCCAGAUAGUGUGUUACUGUUAAAGAGCAUAUAACUGUCAGAUAGCAUGUCAUUGUCAGAGAGUGUGUCACUGCCAGAGAGCAUGUAACUGUCAGACAGUGUGUCACUGUUAAAGAGCAUGUAACUGUAAGAUAGUGUCACUGUCAGAGAGUGUGUCACUGCCAGAUAGUGUGUUACUGUUAAAGAGCAUAUAACUGUCAGAUAGCAUGUAACUGUCAGAGAGUGUCACUGUCAGAGAGCAUGUAACUGUCAGUGUGUCACUGUUAAAGAGCAUGUAACUGUAAGAUAGUGUCACUGUCAGAGAGUGUGUCACUGUCAGAUAGUGUGUCACUGUCAGAGAGUGUGUCACUGUCAGAUAGUGUGUCACUGUCAGACAGUGUGUCACUGUAAGAUACCAUGUCAUUGUCAGAGAGUGUGUCACUGUCAGAUAGUGUGUCACUGUCAGACAGUGUGUCACUGUAAGAUACCAUGUCAUUGUCAGAGAGUGUGUCACUGUCAGACAGUGUGUCACUGUCAGAGAGUGUGUCACUGUCAGAUAGUGUGUCACUGUCAGAUAGUGUGUCACUGUCAGACAGUGUGUCACUGUCAGAUAGUGUGUUACUGUCAGACAGUGUGUCACUGUCAGACACUAUGUCACUGUAUGAUACCAUGUCAUUCUCAGAUAGUGUGUCACUGUCAGACAGUGUGUCACUGUAAGAUACCAUGUCAUUGUCAAAGAGUGUGUCAAUGUCAGAGUGUGUCACUUUCAGAGAGUGUGAAAUGAUAAAGAUUUAGAAUGUGUGGUUUAAAUGUAAUAAGACAACUUCUUACAUAUUGAACUGUGGAUACAUUUUAUAAAGAGCUUUAUUUUAACUUUUGUAAGUAUGCUAGAUAUAGUAUAAUCGGAUAUACUAGAGCGAGUGUAAACAUGUUUUAUUAGUGACAUCUAUUGAUAACGUUUUGAUUGCUUGCUAUAUAACCUUUUUAGCAGUAUCCCUAUCCUGCGUGUUCUUUGCCAAAUCUUUGUUUACUGUAAAUGUUCUUUUUUUAAUAGUUGGCAAGUUUUUGAGGCAUUAGUGAGUCAAUGAUGUGAUUUUUUCAUCCACCACUUAAUGUUUCUGGUGCUUAUGACCUACUGCAUAUGGGAAACCAUUGCUCCGGAUGAUUUUCUCUUUUCUAUUAACAAGAUUUUUUUUUUCAACCAACCUCAAUAUGAUUAACUAUUACUUUGACAUAUAUGUAGCUUGGUAAUUAAUUGUCUAUUAUUGCCUAUUUGUGUUCAGAAAUUUGUUCAAAUUGUUGAUCCCUUAGGGGAAAAAUAUGGCCACUCCCAGUUCUAAAUUAUUAUAUACUGAAAUAAGAACCUUCUACAGAUACUUUAUAAUUGAUGAGGCCUGAAACUGUGGUUUAGAUUUGAUAAAUGGAGACUCUUCAUAGAAAAUUCCAAAUCUUCAGUGAUGGUACAAAGUCUGAUAACACUUACAAAUUCUAUCUAUACAUGAUGUGAAGAAAUAUCAAGAGAGUUCAUUGUCAAUUAAAAAUAAAUAUCCGGAGUUAAUUGUGUCAUUAUAACGAAUAUCCACAGUUAUUGUGUCAUUAUAAAUGAAUAUUAAGAGUUAAUUGUGUGAUUUUAAAUGAAGAUCCACAGUUAAUUGUGUCAUUAUAAAGAAUAUCCAGAGUUAAUUGUAAUUAUAAAU